UACAACACAAAUUUUUUUAAUUAAUUASAAUCACAAAAAAAUUAAUAUUAAUUUGAAUAAGUUUUAUUUUUAUAAUUUUUUUGAAAGUUAUAGUUACUUAAAUAAWUAUUGUUUUAAUUUUUUAAAUAUAUUAUUUUUAAUUUAAUUAAAAAAAAAUAUGCCACAAAAACAAGUUAACUAUGUUGUUAAUCCACCUAGUCUAACUGACCUGGAUAAAACAAAUGUACGCCAAACAUGGGCACURAUUAAACAGGAUAUACAUGGAAAUGCAUUUGACUUUUUUAUUAGAUUUUUUGAGGACAACCCCGAAUACCAGAAACAUUUCAAACAGUUUAAGGACGUCCCCMGUGUCGAACUAAAGGGCAACAAAAAACUACUGGCCCACGCAACGGGKGUAUUGUAUGCCAUAUCGAUGUUGGUCGACAAUCUUGAUGACCCCGAACUACUGGUUGAAAUGCUUAGYAAACUGGCCCGUAAUCAUCGGCGCCGGGCUAUCGACUAUCAACAGUUUGUUGCGGUCCGGCGGACACUGUUGGCACUGAUGUCGGAUAAAUUUGGUCCSGAAGUCAUAACCGAUCAGGUAGUCGAUGGCUGGACUAAAGCCUAYGAUGUUAUACUAUCGGUUAUCGGACCAUUGCUUGAUGAUGAUGUCGAUGAUGAUAAUGCUGAUGAUGAUGCUACUAAUAAAUAGGACAGUUAGAUAUUGUCUAUGUGUGUAUGGGAUGGGAGGUUAGGAGGGGUUGUCAUAUAUGUUAACAAUAAAAUAGUAGCAAAUAAUUGGCUAACAAAAAUAAAUUUGAUUUUUGAAGUAAUAUUAAUUAUAUAAUAAUAAAUAUAAUAAUAAAUAAAAUUAUAAUUUGAUUUUAUUAUUAAUUAAUUGUAAUAUCCAUUAAAAAACU